GUGGAGGAACUCAUCUUGCUGCCAACUCACUGUCACACAUUUGUUAAGGGACAUGACCGGCCAUAUUAUUUCCGCCACAACAAUAACAAUUACAAUAAGAACAAUACAUCUCACUCCCGCUGCCUGCCAUGUUCAAGGUCGUCAUACCAGUUUAUUGAAAGCGCACAGGAAUCCUUGCAGAGCAUCAUCACAAAUAGCAGGAGCCUUAGGGGAUUGUCUUUAGGAUGCAUUCAAGACCUCACAGACCAAGCAGACAUCUUCCUCCCCCUUUUGGCCCGUCACCAGUCGAGCAGCCUCAACACCCUAUGCUUGGCCUCAGUGAAGUAUGAUCCGGACUCAUAUGCUCUGCUUGACAUAACGCCCGACAACUUUACAUCGUUUACUAACCUUCAGGUCCUAACCCUAGAUUAUGACUACAUGAGUGAUCGUUUACUGAGUGUCCUGUCCACCCCCUACAAUGCACCUCUAAGGCGGCUUGUCCUACAUGUCCAUGGAAUCGACCAAACUCACCGUGGGACAACAGAGUAUAUGUGGUACCGCUUCAAACAACAACACCCACAGUGUUCCCUGGUGAUGAACUUGAUGCAUUCAUAUGAUGGAGUGGAACAACUUGGCUCAGGACUCUUACACCCAUCCAUGCCCCUCACACACUUCAGGGCCUUCUUCUGUGAGUGGAUCAAUGUAGCAGCUCUUCGCUUGAUGACCAUGUGGUACAGUGAGACGCUACGUCAUCUCACCAUUGUUGAUGCUUUAGACCACAGUGGUUGGGGCAUGCUCACUGAGGGCCGUGACGAUGACCAGGAAACACCAGAUCCACUUGUGAUGUUGGCCUGGAAAUGCAAAAACCUUGAGCACCUUACUCUGUGUGGCUAUGGGUAUGGAGGGAGUGAUGUCGUAGCCAUAGCCCGUCUGCGAGGGGCAGGGCUAAAGGAGCUGCACAUCCCAGAAGAUUGUCUUGAAGCAGAUGAGUCCCACGAACUUGCUGAUGAGGAAUUGAGAACAUUGCAGAGGAUGUGUCAGCUGGCCUGAGCAGAACUUGGCGACCGCUGACCCUAUCUGACCUCCAUCCAUGUGUCCGUACCACCAGCAAGAUCUCUGACACUGACCAAUAUAUGCUUUCCAUUGUGCUGUCAGACUCAGUAAUCAGCUGAGAAUUGUGCGAAAGAUGGAAUUAAUGGCGGGAGAAUUCCAGCAUCAUAAAGAGGUAUUGUAUAUCAAAAAAAGAAAUUCUCUCUGCAGAACAACAAAAGCAAAGUAGAUGGUGAGGAUUUCUUGUACUGCACUGAAUGAAAAUAGCAGAUUUGGUGCAGGGAUACACACCUAAUAAUAAGACACAGUUUUUAAAAGACACAAAGGUGUAUAUGUGAAAUAUGUGUCGCAGUCCAAUAUGGCUAUUAUGAAGAGAAGAUGUAUAUAUUUGUAUUUUUUUCUUUUUUGAGAGACAUCGCAGGGAAGACUAUUUACAGAUGGGUCUUUUGAUCACUGCCCUCUGUAGAUGUUUCCAUCAAUAUGUUCCUAUAGACAUCCUGAAGAUAAAUACUGGUAUGAGUCAGGACAGCUUCCAUGCUAGACAUUUUAAAUCUUCAUUACAGCAUAACCUUCCAUAUUUAAGAUAUUCAUUUUGUAUUUUAGGGUAAGUUAUCUCCCUCUUGAGAUAAUACCUUGUUAAAAUUGUCCAUGAACAGUGGACAAUAUUAUCUUCAUUUUGGGUGUCAACAACCUGUUUAUCUGGUCACUAUGAAGCUUCCCAUAAGCUGGAACAGGUUAACAGCUGUUUUAUCUGUAUUGGAGGCAGCCAAAGUCUGGAAGCACAUAACUGGAGGCUUUCCUAAAAUCUGUGAUUUGAUAUUUUUCUUGUGUAUGUAUGUAGAAGUAUACUCAAAACCAAGACAACUAUAAGCAUUAAUUGCAACUGUGUAUGAUGGCAGAAGAACAGACCUAUUUCUAUUUAGAUGGUUUUAGAAAAGCUUUAAAAGAAAUUAUUUUCUUGGAAACAUUUUAUCUUAAGAUCAAUGUUCAGUAGAACAGUUAUGGUUUCAAAGAACUUUAGUGUGCAAUAAUAAAGACCUUAUGCAAUAUGUAUUUGAGAAGCUAGCACAAGGACUGCAUACAGUUAGAAUACUGAGAAAGAACAGUCUGCCUUCAACUUUAAAAUGUCAUUAAGCAUCUUUGUGAAUCUCCUCUCAGAUAGUUAACAAUGUCUCUGCAGUCUGAGAGUAAACAUCUUGAUUUUAAGAAUAAUGUUAUAAGCUAUAGGAUUUUUAUGAGUCAGCCAAACUGCUUUGAAUAUAAGUAUAGAAAGGACAAAAUAUAACAUCCUUAGUUGUAUUUUUCUUUUGAAGAGUUUAGUUUAUUUAGUAAUAUUUUCUCAUAUAUAUAUAUAUAGAUAUUGGUUAAGUUACAGGAAUUUAUGUGAUAAGAGUAACAAUUCCACUUACAUUUUAAAUGCCAACAGGAUAAAGAAAAGCAUAAAUAGUACUAAUCCUCUGGAACAGAGUAUUGUUCUUUGAUAACAGGAUGAUCUUGAGUGUGUGUAAGUGUACAUUGUUGUCAAUUAGAACCUUUGGAGUGAUUGAUUGAGUGAAAUGCAAAUGGGAAAGGAAAUUUUAAAGUAGAGGAAAGGAGAAGAGAGGAAUUAUGUUGCUUUACAGUCAUUCUAUUUUUCAAUGUCGCUUGACCUUGCAGUUUGAUUACGCGUGAAGAUUUAUCUUUGAACAUUUGGGAAAUUGUAUGUGUUCCUUUUUUAUGAACUGCACGGAACUGAAUAUGGUGUAGUGUUUCACAUUCCAAAUUGGUUUUGAGAAGAAUUUAUUAAAUUAAUCAUUCAGUGCAAGACACACAGAGCUUAAACGGUUGGCAGAAGAACAGCUCAAACUUAUAGGAAGUCCAGAAGGGGCAUUCAAUGUUUUUGAUUUUCUUUGUUAAAUUAUUUUUGGGCAGCAGCUCUUCCUGUCCCUUUUUGGAAAACUUGAAUAGGAAAGAUUGUUAUUCACACUUCAGGCAUCUGUAGUAGAAUAUCUUUUCAAUUAAUUCAUGCCCAAGAAAUCCAAGCAGGACAUGGUCAUUAUAACUUCUAUUUUAUUAUCUGUGUCAUGGACUUUUUGUUUGCUCUGUUUGUGACCCAAGAUGUUUAAAAGUCUUUUUUUUUUUUUUUUUUUAUGCACAAUAUCACUUCAAACCUCUCUUAAGAAAAUACGAAAUUCAUAAGAAGUACUUCCAUUGAUUUUAGAAACACUGUGUGAUGCAUACUUGAUAACCUUAUGACACAGAAAGUACUUGGAGAAGUGAUUUCUCUAAAUAUCUUAUAUUUAGCCAAUUGGAUUGACUUUUUCUGAGAAUCAGGAUUUACUAUCUAUAAGAGUUUUGUGCACAUGUGGAAGAAAAAAAGGAACAUUAUCACAUCAAAGUCCAGGAUUUUAGAUAUGUUAAAGUUCAGUGGAUAUGAAAAGAAAGAGGACUUUGCGGAUGUAGGAAUCAUUGUUUAAUUCUCCUGUGUUCUUUUCUUUCUUGUUAGUGACUCAUAGAUAGGCAUGGUUUAAUUUCUUAUAUUUUCCUAUUUUGUAUUCUUUUUCUGUUUUUACUUUUUCUUGCAUCCUUCUUCACUUUACUUUCCUCCUCCUCGUCCUCAUCCUUAUCCUCCUCCUCCUCCUCCUUCUCCUCC